GGUGGAAUUUUCCUCUUCUGAUGAUUUUUCCUAGCAUUUUCAUAUUUGGCAUUGUCAAUGGCGAGCAGGAGGAGCAGCUGCUCCUGCAAUUUAAGGGAGGUUUAGUUGAUUUCAGUGGUGCUCUUCAGAACUGGAACUCCUCGGAGUCCAGUACCUGUCAAUGGAAUGGCAUCGGUUGUGUGGACUUUCAGGUAGCCUCUAUUAAUCUUCAUGGGUUCAAUCUCUCUGGUAGCUUAUCCGCUAGCAUAUGUGGGCUUCAUUUCCUAACCAUAUUUAAUGUCUCAAAGAACAUUAUUUCUGGUUCUAUUCCUAAAGAGUUGAUGAAUUGUAAGCAUUUGGAAAUUCUUGACCUUAGUACCAACAAGCUUCAUGGCGAGAUCCCCUCAGAACUCUUCUCUUUAUCAUCACUGAGGAAGCUUUUCCUCAGUGAGAAUUUUCUCUAUGGUCAAAUACCUGCAGUGAUUGGAAAUUUGACUUCUCUUGAAGAGCUUGUCAUUUACAGCAACAACCUCUCUGGAACUCUUCCUUCUUCUGUUGGAAUGUUGAAGAGUCUUAAAAUAAUACGUGCAGGUUUGAAUUUUCUUUCAGGUCAAGUUCCUGUUGAGCUUAGUGAAUGUGCUAGCUUAGAGAUUCUUGGGCUUGCACAGAAUAGGCUAGAAGGAUUUCUACCACCAGAAUUUGGGAGGCUGAGGAAUUUAACAACUUUGAUCCUCUGGGAAAAUCUAUUAUCUGGUGAGAUUCCAGCAGAGUUUGGUAACUUUAGUAGGUUGGAGAUGCUUGCUUUGAAUGACAAUGCUUUCACUGGGAGGAUACCAGGGGAGCUUGGGAAGCUAUCAAAGCUGAAAAAGCUAUACCUUUAUAGAAACCAAUUUGGUUCGAUGAUCCCCAGUGAGCUAGGAGGUUGUGUGAAUGCACUGGAGAUUGAUCUUUCUGAGAAUAAGUUAACAGGAGUCAUUCCCAUUGAGCUUGGUCAGAUCCAGUUUCUUCGUUUGCUUCAUCUUUUUGAGAACAACCUGCAGGGAAGCAUUCCCAGCGAGCUUUGUCUAUUGAGUAGGUUGAGGAGGAUAGAUCUUUCAAUUAAUAGUUUGACUGGUGCAAUCCCUCCUGAAUGUCAGAACCUUACCUCCUUAGAAUAUUUGGAGCUUUUUAACAACCAUCUAGAUGGUAUUAUUCCUCCUUUGUUAGGGAGCACCAGUAACCUCACUGUCCUUGAUCUUUCAGACAAUAAUCUUACUGGUACAAUCCCUGCACACCUCUGCAAGUAUGGGAAACUGAUGUAUUUGAGCCUUGGAGCAAAUAGAUUGUUUGGAAAUAUCCCUCUUGGUGUGAAAAAAUGCAGUACUCUUGUGCAGUUACUGUUGGGAAGCAACCAACUCAGUGGAAGUCUGCCUGUAGAAUUUUCUGAGCUCCUUAAUUUGUCUGCCCUUGAAAUGAAUCAGAACAGAUUUUCUGGCCCAAUUUCUCCUGAAUUAGGGAAGAUAAAGAACCUGGAGAGAUUGUUUCUUUCUGCUAAUUAUUUCAUAGGUCAGAUCCCUCCUGAAAUAGGUGACCUUACUGAACUUGUGAGUCUUAAUGUUUCCUCAAACCAGUUUUCAGGAUUAAUCCCUCAUGAGUUGGCAAAAUGCAGAAAGCUGCAAAGGCUUGAUCUUAGCAGAAAUCAAUUCUCUGGUUUUGUUCCAGAGGCUUUUGGUACUCUUGUGAAUCUGGAGCAAUUGAAGCUCUCAGAUAACCAUCUUAAUGGAACCAUUCCAAACAGUUUCGGUCAGUUGCCUCGACUUACUGAGCUACAAAUAGGUGGGAAUAACUUCUCUGGCUACAUACCUUCAGAGUUAGGACAGCUUAUUUCGCUGCAGAUCGCCUUAAAUGCUAGUUUUAAUGCUCUCUUUGGCAAAAUACCAUCUGAGCUUGGAAACUUAAAAUUAUUAGAAUACCUCUAUUUGAACAACAACCAACUGGAUGGUGAGAUACCCUCUUCGUUCUGCAGUCUUCAAAGCCUCCGAGUGUGCAAUCUUUCUAACAAUAACCUUGUCGGUUCUCUACCCAACUCUCCUGCAUUCUUAAGAAUGAAUAGUAGUAAUUUCCUUGGAAAUAAUGAGCUUUAUGGUACAAGCAAUAGAUUAUGUCAGACAUCUUCUUUUCCAUCAUCAACUUCUGCU